CCGACAGGUGGCGGCGAUGCGCCAUUACACUCCUAACCGCCGGGAACCCGAAGAACAAGAAAGGAGUUCUAUUUUGAAACUCGAGGAAGCUAAUAUUUACAUCUGAGCGGUGACUUUAUUUAACUCUAAAACAGACCGAAAAUAAAGGAAAACACGUGAGGAACAUGGAGGGAGCUUCUACUAAAGGUAUUCUGAGUCACCUGAGUCUGCUGGAGGUUCAGGUGAGGAGUCGGACAACUCAGCGACAGCAACCGAGUCGAGUGAAGGAGCUUCAGGAGAAGACUGCUGCUCUGAGGAGACAGAAAGAGCAGCUCGAAGCAGAGAUACAGACACACAGGGAUCUCCAGACUCUGAGGGCGUCUCUGGACAAACGGCAUGAUGACGAUGAAGAAGAUGAGGAAGAAAUGGAGGAAGACUCUGAGAACUCAGAUGUUUUGCGACUGAUGGCUCGGCACACUCAGAAAGACCUUCUGAACGCUCACACCAUCGGUGGGUACGACUUCACAAAGACUCGUCGGGGAAAAGGACUUUGUGUCUCGAUAGCGACGGCGUUUGAAGGCGUUUAUUUGGAGACGUUCAGUCUGGAGUUUGACGUGAAGCCGGCACUGAGACUCGUCCGUCACGACGUCCCGCCCUUCAUCCCGCUGACCCUCCUCAUCGAGCAGAGCCGGAUUCAAACCGACAUCCGGACGCUGCUGGACCCCCUGAGCCGCCAACUGAACGCCUUCACAGCGAGGAAGAGGCAGCUGCAGCUCCUCAAGAGGCUUCAUGAGACUGUGAAGGUGAUGGAGAGUAACGUCCUGUGUUCGUUAAUCGUCCUGUGUUCGUUAAUCGUCCUGAUGUUCGAGCUUCCUGUGGAGAAGAAGGUCGUUCUCUGCUCGCUCCAUUACUGCGACACCAGCCGGAGUCUCCCAACACGCGUCUCCUUCCAGUGUGACGAUAAGGCUCUUCCUGAUUUUCCGGAGUGGAAGAAGACCCUCCUGGAGACCCCGCUGCACAAAGCUCUGAGCACCAUGAGGAACACGGGAAACAUCCUGUAGUUUAAUCAGAGACAUAAUGAACAUUUCCACAUUUAAAAUGCACAGUUCUGGUUUUUAGAAGUGAGGGAUAUUAGCAGAAAACAGCAGCUAAGUUAUAUGACUCCUGUGGACGAGCUGCAGUCACAUAAAACACGUUUAUAUUUAAACUUUAUUUAGAAUAUUUCCCCUCUUGACCUUGUUGUUAUCUAUGCUUUUUUUUUAAAGAUACCAGGCUCCAUAGAAAUCUCAUAAUAUCAGAACUUUGUUGUUGAAAUACCAGAACUAUUUUCUGUUUUGUACAAUGAUUGUUUAAAUUUUAACUGCAACAACCUAUUAUUAAACAUCCAUAAAACAUGUUA